AGUUAGCAGUUAAAGAAAUAUUAAACCGUCGGGUGUUGCAAACAUCCUUCAUGGUCUGCCCCCUGCCCUUCUUCACUGCUUUGCUUUUGGCCUUUUAAGUUUACAAGCAAAUUGAUACACUCCUCACGUUUUGUGAUGGGCAUGUGAAACGUCACUGACAAAACCCCAAAUCAGUGUCGGCGCUGCUUCACUCACCCUCGUGAAUCCUCCCUUCCUACUAAUGCUACCAUUUGGCAUUAUAAAAUAAAGCACAAAACCAACCCCAGAGGGAAGAACCACCACCACAGUUCCACUUCCAAGCCAUGAGACCCUCAUCUCUUCUUUUCCUUUAUCUUAUUUUUUUCCAUGGGUUUUCCCCUUUGGUUGAAUCCAGCUACCUUGACUACGCCGACGCACUGUCGAAAUCCAUUCUGUUUUUCGAAGGCCAACGCUCGGGUUUUUUGCCACAAGAUCAACGUAUAGGAUGGAGGGGUAACUCGGGAUUGAGCGAUGGGUGGAUGUACAACACGGACUUAACCGGCGGAUACUACGACGCCGGUGACAAUGUCAAGUUCGGGUUCCCGAUGGCGUUCACCACCACAAUGUUGGCCUGGAGUGUGAUUGAGUUCGGAGAUUUAAUGCCGCCAAAUGAGCUGAGGAAUGCGCUUGUGGCGAUUCGUUGGGCCACUGAUUAUUUACUCAAAACUGUGUCUCAGCCUAACCGGCUUUUCGUUCAGAUAGGAUGUGUAGCGUCUCUCACGCGCUCUAUGCUACCACUUAAGGUUGGGGAUCCAAAUAUAGACCAUAGCUGUUGGGAAAGACCGGAGGAUAUGGACACGGCCCGGUCUGUUUACGCUGUGGAUGCACCGAACCCAGCUUCCGAUGUGGCAAGUGAAACGGCGGCCGCUCUCGCAGCUUCAUCAAUGGCGUUCAGAUCAGUAGACGCAGGAUAUGCGGAUACGUUGUUACGGAAUGCUGUUCAGGUUUUCCAAUUUGCCGAUAAUUUUAGAGGUGCUUAUAGUGACAAUGCUCACAUUAGGGACGGUGCCUGCCCAUUUUACUGUGAUUUUAGCGGAUACCAAGAUGAAUUGCUAUGGGGAGCAGCAUGGUUAAGAAGGGCUUCACAAGACAAUUCCUACCUUAGUUACUUGGAAAACAAUGGGAAAACCCUUGGUGCUGAUGACAAUAUUAAUGAAUUUGGGUGGGACAAUAAGCAUGCUGGAUUAAACGUUCUUGUCUCCAAGGAAGUGCUAGAUGGAAACAUGUACACUCUUGAAUCAUACAAAGCCUCAGCUGAUAGCUUCAUGUGCACAUUAAUCCCCGAUUCAUCUUCAUCCCAUAUCGAGUAUACCCCUGGCGGCCUCAUCUACAAGCCCGGAGGCAGCAAUUUACAACAUGCUACCACCAUUUCAUUCAUCCUCCUCGUUUACGCUAAAUACCUCGAUCGGACUUCACAAACCGUAAACUGCGGGAACGAAUUCGUGUCUCCGGUUUUGCUUCGGAUGCAAGCAAAGAAACAAGUUGAUUACAUCUUAGGUGAGAACCCGAUGGGAUUAUCGUACAUGGUUGGUUAUAGCAACUAUUUCCCGCAACGGAUUCAUCAUCGUGGCUCUUCACUACCCUCGGUUAAAGAUCAUCCUGGGUUCAUUGCUUGCAAGGACGGUUCCAUUUAUUUUAAUUCAACCAACCCUAACCCGAAUGUUUUGGUUGGUGCAAUAGUGGGAGGGCCUGGAGAAGAUGAUGUUUAUGGCGAUGAUAGAGCUGAUUUUAGGAAAUCAGAGCCCACUACUUACAUCAAUGCACCAUUUGUUGGUGCUUUAGCUUACUUUGCAGCCAAUCCCAAUCCUAGUUAGCACCAAAUCCAACUACAUUCUGUACAUAUUUCAUGAUCUUUUUAGAAGCUGGAAAAAGGUCUCUCUUCUUGAGUGAAGCAAAAGAGGGAAGAGGCUAAGCCAGUUCACCAUCUUUUCUUAUUAUUACUACUAUUGUUAUAAUUUUAAAUAUUGAAACACAAGAACUCCUUGUGAUUUUUCUAGAAAGAA